AUGUCACAGUGUGAGAAGUACCUCUCGCAUGGUACUAAUAACCGCAACGGAAAUCUUCGCAUUGUAAAUGGGAACAGUAAUCCCAAGUUGGCCGAGGGAAUCUGUAAGGCCCUCCGCGUCCCCGUUACAUCCUGCCGCGUUGGAACCUUUUCAAACGGUGAAAUAAAUGUCAAAAUUCUUGAGUCGAUGCGCGGAGACGACGUCUUUUUGGUUCAGCCCACCUGCGGUAAUGGGGUUAUCAACGUGAAUCAGGCCGUGAUGGAGCUCCUACUUAUUAUCCACACGCUGAAGCUCAGCUCCGCAAGGCGCGUGAUCGCGGUCAUCCCACACUACGGCUACGCCCGGCAGGACCGUAAGCACACUUCCCGAGUUCCCAUCAGUGCAUCUGCCGUGGCCCGCAUGAUCACGGAACUAGGUGUAAACGGCGUCGUCACUAUGGAUCUUCAUUGUGGCCAAAUUCAGGGUUUUUUUCACGGUUGCCCUGUGUCUGACCUUAGUGCCACAUCCGAGUUUGCGGAGUAUUCGAAGCAAAAGGCUUUUGACACCACUAACAUCGUCAUCGUCGCUCCAGACGCGGGCGCAGUAAACCGUGCAAGACGCAUGGGAGAUCGCCUUGGCGUAAGUCGCAUUGUCACUAUUCUUAAGCGCCGGGUGGAGGCAAAUCACGUUGAGAGCAUGCAACUCGUUGGUGAGGUGGACGGCCGCACCUGCAUCAUUGUGGACGAUAUGAUUGACACCGGCGGGACCUUGUGCAAGGCGGCAGAAGUCCUGAGGGAGAAUGGGGCGAAGGAAGUGCAUGCCUGGGCGACGCAUGGCAUUCUCACUGACCCUGCCUGCGAGCGCAUCAACGCCUGCGAUGCGCUGGUGGAGGUCGUGGUAACCGACAGUCUUCCCCAGGACGAGAGUGUGCGGAAGUGCUCCAAGCUAAAAAUCAUCUCCAUCGCCAAACUCCUCGCCGAGGCGAUCUACCGGAUCCACUCUGAGCAGAGCAUCGAACACGUCGGCGAGCACCCCGUGCCGCAGCGUCACAACCCCGACCUCAUCUCCGUGGACGCGUUGGUGGAGGAGGGCGACUGGCCCCAAAUCGGGAUGCGGUCGAUUAAGAGGCGGAGUUGCUUGUAUACCGGCAAGUCAAGCAGCAACGAGAAUUCCCCGGAAGCGGCGCCGCGGCAACCAUGA